AUGUUGUCCAACAGAUUACAAUUUGUGCAGCAAGCUGCUAGAAGAUUGAGUAUUUCAGCCAAGGAUGGUUCUGGUAAGGUUUCCACUCUGGCUGUGAAGGUGCAUGGUGGUGCCCGUUACGCUGACAAGGAAGGUGUUGCACACCUUUUGUCUAGAUUCAACUUCCACAACACUGGUAACAAGUCUGCUUUGAGAUUGGUUAGAGAGAGUGAGUUGUUGGGUGGUAAGUUCGAAUCCACCGUCGACAGAGAAUACAUUACUUUGAAGGCUACUUUCUUGAAGGAAGACUUGCCAUACUUUGUUAACGCUUUGGGUAACGUCUUGUACAAGACCAGCUUCAGACCACACGAAUUGCCAGAAUCUGUGUUGCCAGCUGCCAAGUACGAUGUUGCUUUGGCUGAAGCCAACCCAGUCAACAAGGCUGAAGAAUUGCUAUACGACGUUGUCUUCAGAAAGGACUUGGGUAAGCCAGUCUUGUACAACGGUGUUGAAAACGUCACCUUGGAAGACAUUAAGGCUUACGCUGACAAGGUCUACACCAAGGAAAACAUUGAAAUCAUCGGUGAAGGUGUCAACGAAGCUGACUUGAAGAGAUUCGUCAACGACUCCUUGAUCAACUCUUUGCCAACCGGUUCCAAGUUGGCCUCCCAAGCUCAACCAAAGUUCUUCUCUGGUGAAGCUAGAGUGAGAGCCCCAGGUGCCUCCGUUGCUGCUAUUGCUGUUCCAGUCACCAAGGAAGAAUUGGCUACCUACGAAGUCUUGGCUAAGUACGUCACCUCUUCUUUGUUCGAAUUGGCCCCAUUGGUCGACUCUGCUAAACUAGACAAGUACGCUAACGCUGGUUUGUUCGCUUUGUACGUCAAGGGUGAAGAUGCUGCUGUCGUUGGUGAAAACAUAAAGAAGGUUGUCGCCGCCUUGAAGAAGGAUGUCGACCUUUCGGUUGCUAAGGAAUACGCCGCUUUGCAAUUGGCUUUGGAAAACGCUUCUGCCGAUGUUUCCAACGUUAAGAGUGUCAAGUUGGGCAAGUUCUCUUACGCUGCUGUCGGUAACGUCGCUAAGCUACCUUUUGCUGAUGAAUUGUAA